GAUCUAAAACGAUUCCUGUACAAAAAGUUGCCAAGCGUUGAAGGGCUCCAUGCAAUUGUUGUGUCAGAUAGAGAUGGGGUGCCUGUUAUUAAAGUGGCCAACGACAGUGCUCCAGAGCAUGCCCUGAGGCCUGGCUUCUUAUCCACCUUUGCCCUCGCAACAGACCAAGGCAGCAAACUCGGACUUUCAAAAAAUAAAAGUAUCAUCUGUUACUAUAAUACCUACCAGGUGGUUCAAUUCAAUCGUUUACCUCUGGUCGUGAGUUUCAUAGCCAGCAGUAAUGCCAACACAGGACUAAUUGUCAGCCUAGAAAAGGAACUGGCUCCGUUAUUUGAAGAACUGAUAAAAGUUGUGGAAGUGUCUUAAUCUAAAAGUGGUUUUGAUGUAUACCUUGCCUUCAUUGCAACAACACUGUACCAGUCCAGCAAUCUUUAGACCACAGUAAUACUUUAUCUAUGUAUUCAGAGGGCCGCUUUUCCACCUUACACUAAAGAAGAGCCUAUAGCUAUAAUUUAUAGACAGAUCAAUUGUUGUAUUUAUGUGUAUAAAGUCUUUUCUUACUUAGUGAGAUCUGGAAACGCCACAAAAAUGGUUCAUUCUGGUGCAGCUCCCAUGGAGUUAGUGUGGAUGCCUGAUAAUGGGUGGUAUUCUACCCAGUGCAUCAGGAUCAGAUUGAUGCUCUGGAGCCAGCAAGCAUGCCAGCUGCACAGUGCUCCCGCUCCACAAGCCAGAGACUUCCUGAGAAUAAUAAUGAGGACAUAUUUUUCAUAAGAGUUUAUUUUAUUUCUUUGCAUUGGGUGUGAGGAAGAUAAAUGGCUUAGUACAAAUAAUAAAUACGUACAAUCACUAACUUCUGUCUGUAUAUGAUCUCAGCGAAGAUGAGUAUUACCAGUGUAUUUGAUCUUUGAGGGUGCUGCUCUUCAGUGAGAACGAAAAUCACUGCUCUUGGUUUCUCUUCUACUUUCUGUAACAGUGCUUCCAUGAUUGUGCUCUCUCUACAUUGGAAAUGCCGUGUUACUGAAUUCUGUUUCCAGUAUCAGUAUGUAUAUAAAAUGACAGUAUAGCCGUUUUUCAUACACAAAUAUAAAUAAAAUAGUAUUUUUAAAAAUA